CAAAAAAACUGAAACGUGCGCUUCAUGACUGGAUUCGCAUCUUACUUCCAGUCUCCAGAUAGAAACAGCUCCUCCUCUUCUCCCCCCAAAUUUUCUCUCUCUAGAUUCCAUCUCCCACACUCAUAACUCCCACUUUUGCUCUUGAUUUCUUCCUAAAUUUGCUGCCAUUGAAGUGUCAUGUACGUGUUUUGCUUCUGAAUUAACCCCACUUUUGCAGAAAUUGAUCAGACGCACCGUUUAUUCAAAAAAUCUAGAGAACUAAAGCUUAUUUUGGAUCAUCAAAAUGGGUUCGUCCUCAGGUCAGUACGAUCUGUCGUUUAAGAUCUUACUGAUCGGAGAUUCCGGUGUCGGCAAAAGUAGUCUGCUCGUCAGUUUCAUUUCUGGCUCCGUCGACGAUCUAGCUCCUACAAUCGGUGUUGACUUCAAAAUCAAGCAGCUUACAGUUGAUGGGAAAAGAUUAAAACUUACAAUUUGGGACACAGCUGGGCAGGAGAGAUUCAGGACAUUGACAAGCUCUUACUACAGAGGUGCCCAAGGGAUUAUUCUUGUGUACGAUGUUACAAAAAGAGAAACCUUCACCAAUUUGUCUGAAAUAUGGGCUAAUGAAGUGAAUCUUCACUCCACUAAUCAAGAUUGUGUCAAAAUGCUAGUUGGAAACAAAGUCGACAAAGACUCUGAAAGAUUUGUAACCAGGGAAGAAGGUGAAGUUCUUGCAAAAGAACUUGGUUGUUUGUUUUUCGAAUGUAGUGCUACAACUCAGAAAAAUGUACAUCAAUGUUUUGAAGAGCUUGCCUUAAAGAUAAUGGAGAUUCCAGGACUUUUGGAAGAAGGGUCUACAGUGGUGAAGAGAAACAUUAUUAAGCAAAAACCAGAGCACAACAACUCUAAUGGUGGAUGUUGCUCAUAAAAGAAAAAAACAUAAAUGUAAAAAUCUACCAUUUUUAUUCGGGUAAUAAG